AGCGCCGGCAUGGACGGAGCCGGGCUGGGCAUCGCCGCCUGCGCCGCGGCCGCGGGGCUGCUGCUCUACCGCAUCGCGCGGAGGAGGAAGCCCACACACGUGACGGUGAACUGCUGGUUCUGCAGCCAGGACACGGUGGUGCCCUACGGGAACCGCAACUGCUGGGACUGCCCCAACUGCGAGCAGUACAACGGCUUCCAGGAGAAUGGAGACUACAACAAGCCCAUCCCUGCCCAGUACAUGGAACACCUUAACCACGUUGUGUCGGGCAGUCCGACUUUCUGUGACCCUGCCAAACCACAGCAGUGGGUGAGCAGCCAAGUUCUGCUCUGCAAGAAAUGCAACAACCAUCAAACCAUGAAAAUCAAACAGCUGGCUUCAUUCUCACCAAGGGAGGAGGGCAAGUACGAUGAGGAGAUUGAGGUGUACAAGCACCACCUGGAGCAGACCUACAAGCUGUGCCGCCCGUGCCAGGCUGCUGUGGAGUAUUACAUCAAACACCAGAACCGGCAGCUGCGGGCGCUGCUGCUCAGCCACCACUUCAGGCGCCGCGAGACGGACAAGAGCUACGCCCAGAAUCUGUGUUCAUACUCCUCUUCCACUUCCAUCACCACGCCAGCUCAGGUGAUCCUUCUGCGGUUCCUGGCCUUCCUCAGCUGUGCGUUCCUGGUUCUGAUGGCCUUGUACGGGUCAGGGGACCCCUUCUCCCUCAGCACAGCUGUCCCUGCUCCUGUCCCCUCUGGCCCCGCGUCCGUGUGGAACAGGACUGGCGCGAGCCCCCGUGCGGGCAGUGACGGUGACGGUGGCGGUGGCGGUGCCAGCCCGGGGCGCGGCUGGCGGGAGCUGCUCCGCCUGCUCCCGGAGCGCCUGCUGCACAACCUGAGCGUGGCCUGGGCCUACGGCAAGAAUCACCAGAUGGCAGUGGCUGUGCUGGGGCUCUUCACCUGCCUGCUGGCCAUGUUCCUGGCUGGGCGCAUCAGGCUCCGGCGCAUCGACGCGUUUGCCUUGGUGCUGUGGCUGGUAGUGAUGAGUCUGCAUUUGGCCGAGAGGUACCUGAAGACGGACACGCCCAGCUGGCUGGACACGGCCAAGUUUGGCACCACGUCCCUGUGCUGCCUGGUGGGCUUCACCGCGGCCGUGGCCACGCGCAAGUCAACGGGCCAGCGGAGAUUCCGACCCCGAAGGUACCUCUCUGGGGACUCGAUUACUGUCUUUCCCAGCGGCCCUGGCACAGCCUUCCCUUCACCUGCUACGUCUCUGUUUGUCCCAACGCCGCCCAGUAUCCUCCACCUGACAAACCAGCAGCUCUUCAGGUCCCCACGCAGAACCUCCUCAUCCUCUCUGCCCGGCCGCCUCAACAGGGCGCUCUCGCUGGGCACCAUCCCCUCGCUGGCCCGGGCAGAUUCUGGCUACUUGUUCAGUGGAAGCCGACCGGCCUCGCAGUCGUCCCAGUCCAAGGAACCCCCUACCUCAGAUCCCUUCUCGGCGCUGUCCGGCAGCGGUGUCCCGGGCCCGUCCCGCAUCCCGAGCCCGGCGCCGUCCGUGGCCGGCUCGGCGACCUCCAGCUCGGGCUCACUGCGCUUCCGCCGGCCGCUCAUCAGCCCCGCCCGCCUCAACCUGCAGGGACAGAAGCUGCUGCUGUUCCCGGCGCAGAGCGACGCCCUGCUCACCCCGAGCGGCUCCGAGGAGCACCCGCACCCCGACAGCAACGCCUUCGCCCCCGAGCUGCGCGGCUUUGCCAGGAAGAGCCUCUCGGAGCGGGGCGCGCCUGAUAUGAGAUCUGCUGUAGAAGGGGGCAGUAUUUGCAGUGAUAAUUCCAUCAAAAAGGAGGAUCGCUCAUCACAGUCAUCUACUUGUGUGGUAGACACAACUACCAAAGGAGAAGAUUUGGCAGGCUGGAGAGGUCGCUUUGGUACCUCUGCCCUGCGGGGCCUGCUCGCUGUGAGCCUGACUCUCAAUGCUGUCUUCACAUCAGCCUAUGUCUACAGGAGCCUGCGCUGAUUUGUGCCAACACUCCCCUUCCCUCUGCUUCCACCUGGGCCUGAGCAGGCAAGAACAACUCACCCAUGGCUCCGUGGCCAAUGGCCAUGCCACCGGUCCACGUUGUUUUUUAAAAAACUACUGUAACACUCAGCUGAUAUGAAAAGGAACCUGGGCGGCUGCUGCCAUCGCUUCCAGGUAGAACAUAUCCCAGGACUGUCCCUGGAGAUGGCAGGCAGAAUUCCCAGCUCCAGUUCAAAGCAGGAGGCCAGUCCAAUGGCCCAGACAUUUUCUUUCUAAAGAACUGACCUGAGACACAAGCCUAAAAAUGUGUGAGCUGCGUUUUUAGGAACCUACCCCCAGCUCUUCUUUCUGACAUAUUGACCUCGUGCUGAUGGUGCUGGUAAAUGGGGAGAAUUAGAACAAAUGAGCUGAAGAAGUGGGAUGGCUUUAGUAGCUGGUGCUGGGCUUUGGCUGCUGUUACAGCACCCUCAGCCUCUGCUCAGUGGUUCCUCUUCUCUCUGGUCUUUGACAUUCUCCUCUAAAUUGUCAGUGAACUUUCUUUAGUUGCCUUAAGCUUGCCUAAGCACAGGGGUGACCUUGGCUGCUCUGUCAUGUUCUUGCAUCUUGGAUGUCCUUGUGCUUCCAGCUGGACUGGCCCUGAGGCCGCUUUCCCCAGUUCCAUUCUGUGCGGGUUCUCAGCCCCCGUGUGUGCCUGUGUGCAGCCAGCUCUGCACAGCCCCAGACAGACACCCUGUGCUGGCUGCAUCGGAACCUGGAAGCUCAUGCUUUGCUUUGCUUUGCCCAGGAGGCAUUAAUUGUUUUACUCUGAAGUGGGUUAAAAGAAAGGACCCCGGUGUGAUUUGCACCAUAGUCAAAGGGCUUCAGCUUGCAGCUCUGCUGGAGUUUUCAUUGAUUCAGUGAGUGGCAGAGCCUGUUCUUGCUGUAAAUCGCACACAUAUGUUCUACUAGAGGUAGGUGAGGAACUGUCUGAUUGUAUACAUCUAUCCAGAAACCUGACACCUCAGUCUGAUGUUGGGAUUUGCUAAGUUACUUAUUUAAGAUAUUUCUUACUUAGUAAAAUGCCCAGGUGCUCUCAGUGCCAAACCUGAUUCUGGACAAUUCAGCUUUCUGGAUAGAUGAAUCUUUUCUAGCCCAAGGAAAGGAGUAGAUUUUCAAAAGCAGUUUGUAAUUCGGGUAUUUCUGGUUUGGGGUGAGUAUUCAGCAUUGCUUAGAAUUCAGGGGCCAUUUAGAGUAUUGUGCUGAAAACUCAGAAUCAUUUAGGGGAAAAAAAAAUCCUGAUUUUGACAUUUUGGUUUCCCAAAAACCAAGUGCAGAGAGAAGAUUGACCAGCAUGUCAAAAAUACCUGGUGAGAAGACAGUUGACUGACAUUAGCUGUGUAUUUCCUAAAGCAGGACUCGGAUCUAUUUAGAGGUUUUCUGUUGUCUCUUCCUUUGGGCUCCUUUACCUCAAAUUUCACUCCCCCGCCUCACUGCCCUGUGUCUGCAUCCUAAAUUGGUGCUUAUUGUGUCUUUCCCUCCCUUUCAGUUUGCUGCUGUCCCCUCUCUUGUGUUCUUGCAUGUGCACAGAACAGUGUACCUGCUGCUGACCAUGCCCUGCUCUGCACCCGAGUCACACCUCGCAGUGAUGAUCACCCUUCCUUUCACCUUGUUUUUUUUCUUGCAUGUUUUAAUUGAGUUCCUACCCCAGCCUCACUUGGUUCAUGGGAGCCCUAGCCAGACUCCAGUCAGCGUGGAUGUCACAGUUUGAAUGGGGCUUUACUGCUGCUGGUCCAAGCACUGAAAACCGAGUCUCUGUGUUUUCCAAGUCUCCCUGCAUGGUUUUAUCUGCCCACAUCCAGCUGUUGCUCCUGCCCCCGCUGUGGGUGACUGCAGAGGGAGGCCAGGCCUGCACACAUGCACACACACGUGCUGAUCCCGGGGGCUGAGGACAGGUCACGCCUGCCUCUGCAUCUCCCCCGGCCUCCUGAGAGCUGUGAAGGGCUGCACAGCCAGAACCUCCUGGACAGAGCCAGGAGAGACCUGCAGCACAAAGAUGUGCUGCAGACUGAUGAUGAAUUCUAUUGUAACUUGCAUGAAUUGUUCCUUGUAGCCAAACCGGACUCAUAACCUUGUUGUAAAGAGAUUUUUGUCCCUUUUAUAGACUUUGCACGCUCACCCGAGCAUGUGUACAGGCAGGAUGAUGGCAGAGCUACUGCCAAGCUUCUCUUUAAACCUCUGCUCUCUGGGUUUCAUGAUGUGCUGGUGCAGUGUGUGACAUCCCAUUCACGCAUCCUUGUCCUACCUAGAAGCCUCCUACAAGGAGAGACAAGCUGCCAGAAAAUGCAGUGGCUUUGCUUGUCUUUAUCACCCAGCAGAUGUGCACUGUGACUUCAUGUAUGCAAACCUCCCAGCCUGCGCUGAGUUUUACCACCACACUCGACCAGAUUGCAAUACCAACCUUCUCCUCCUCUCCAGCAACCCAGGAGCUGCAGCAUCUCCACACCCCUCUUCCCACCCUCAUUCCCGAGCAGGAACACUGUAACCUGUCCCUGCACUUGUGUGGCUGCUCACUCAGACUGUUCUUGGAAGGGGGUUUGGUGGCUUGUCCAAAGCAAUAGAGAGACUUUGGGAUUUAUUACUGAAGUGGGAAGUUUUUCAUUCUGGUGCUAGAACUCUCUCCCGUGGUGCUCUCACGGUUGUGAAGCCUUUGCUUGAGGAAUUCACGAGCGUGUGUGUGUGUGUGUGUGUGUGUGCGUGCGUGCAUGCAGAUGUACAAAAAUAUUUGGAAGGUUUCUUCAUUUCAGAAGAUCUGAGCCCCUGUUUGUCUUUAUAUUGUUGGCCUUAAUCUAGCUCGUAGAUACUGUGUCUAUCUUGCUGCUCUUUUCUGUACAAAGCUGGUUUGGAGGAAGCAGAAGUUCAUCUGGUCCCUCUGGAAAAAUCUCUGUGACUGUUGACGGUGAUCUUCAUACAGUGUUGUUCAAGGGGGAAGAUUUUAUUUUCUAAUACUUUUCCUACUGUAAAAACUGUUGGAGUGUGUGGAGUGGAAAAGAUCUUUACAAAAUGGCCUGGUAAAGAUUUGAACACGACUUAAUACCCACAAUUAAUGAUCAGGUGGAGUAUAAAUGAGCUUUAUUUCCAGACUUUUCCAUUUCCUACUUUCCAUUGAAAAAGUCUAGGUACUUCUUUGGAUGUGGGCUUGUUAGGCAUGUUCUUAGACCUUGCAGAGACUUUAGAGGAUUUUGCUGUUCUGAAGUAGAAAGGAUUGUAUUUUGGAAUCUGGUUCCAGUUCCGCAGUCUGGGGAUUUUGGCAGAUGUGGCAAGUAGUGUGCACAUAUCUGUUUAAUGGGACAGAGGGAGUGGGGUAGAACGACUUGCUGGUUUCUGAAGUUUAUCAAUCUUUUUACAUAAAAACUUAGACAUUAAAUUGGUCACUAGGGGGAAAAAACCUCACUGCUGGCAUAUGUAGGCCAGAUUCCCUGAAUUUAGGCUAUUUGUUCAAGCAGCAGAUCAGGCCUGUGAAUGUUUGAUUCCCACUCCCCCUUCUGGGUGCUGGCAACAUCUGUAAACCACUGCUGAACUGGCGGGGUUCCUUCUGUCAGGGCAGCUGGACGGAAGGGCUUCUGUUGCCUGUGGAUGCUGCUAUAUUUUUUUUCUUCCAAGCACCAUUCCUGGAAAUAACAAUGGUCUUAACCUCUCUCACAGACAUUUGUUAAGAGGCUAGAAUGGGCUGAUUUGGCCCAUACUUUUUUUUUUCCCUUUUUAUUUUUUUUUCUUUUUUUUUUCUUUUUCUUUUUUUUCUUUUUUUUUUCCUAAUAUCUGUUGCAUCCAGAAAUUAUCAUCACUGUAUUCUGGGGUGGGAGUAAGGUACAGAGUAUUUUUUGAUUGAAUGGAUAUCCAGAGAGGGUGAGAAGGACAAUUUCAAGUCCCAAACCUUAUUUCCUGUGAAUGACUGUAUGUUACGUGUGUGUACUUCUUUGGGGAGCUCUAUCACUGUACAGUUUAGUUAAACGUGCUCCAAGGAAGGAGAAGCUGUUCCUCGGAGGUUUUUAGUUCAUGCUUUGUUGUUUAAAGAGGAAUAUUUUUCUUUAAAAAAUAAAACCAGAUAAGUUUUCACCUUAGUGUGAGUGGUCCAGUUAUAUGCACACUGUACUUCUGUGUUCAUUGGGCACUUAAGUGUUUUUUUUCUAUAUGAAAUCAUGACUGAGAGUGUUCAUGUAUUAUUGUAUGGUCUUUAAUUUAUGAUUUUAUUUUGUACUGUAAAUUAGGGGGCAGGUGGCAUAAGCUGAUCAAAUCAACACUUUUUAGAGGAGGAUGUAUUUUAAUUAAACGACUGGCAACCCCUCACUACUAAUUCUGUACAUACAGGUGUAUUUUGAAGGAUUUAAUGACUUGCAGUGCUUGCACAGAUGUGACACGGGUAGAAUCCACGUUGCUGCAGCGGAGCAGCUUCUCCAUCGUCGCGGUGCCUGCGGGACCUGCGAGCGGCCCCGGGCCGAGGGCACAAGUGCGGGCUGUCUUUGCGGCUGGACGUGGCGGGUGUGCAGCUGAUCCCGCCGGGGCUGGGUAGGAAACGAUGGGGAUUCCUCCGUGUGUGGCUGCAGGGACCCGCUCCCGGCGAUGCCCAGCGCUGAGCUUUGUCCCGGCUGUGCCCGGAGCCGCCCCCGUCCCGCUCCAGGCGCCGUCCU